GAUUACCCCCUCUGUAUAAAUAGUUCAUGAGACUCCGUUUUUAACAAAUCAAUGAUAAUUUCUACAAAGGAAUUACCACAUAAACUAAAUUCUGCAUUAAACAUGAAAAUGCUUGGAUACCAUUUUUGUCACUGGAUAGUUUUAUUGCUUUUUGGAAUUUCUUCUGUGACUUCAAAGACCUGCGGACAGACGCCAUGUGGAGAUGACAAUGCCAAGUUCUGCUGUUAUAAGAACUUGACGAGAAUAGAGUCCGGUCCUUGCUGCUGCACUGACGACGGGGCAAGCUUCUCUUAUGAAUGUCGCUCAGGCGGCAGCAGCUCAGGCGGCUUCCCAUGGUGGGGCGUAUUCCUUAUCGUACCUUUCAUCAUCGCUGUAUAAGUUGCCGCGGGAAUCGUGGUAUACAGGAAGAAACUUUGCUCUAGAUUCUUUUAGAAUGACACUCAUUGUAUUGGCGUUUUGAAACAUAUCUCAAAACUUUCAGGCAGAUUUAUUUGUGUGAUGUUUUGUUAGUUCGAAUGAUCAACGUUUUAAAGGAAGUACAUACCAUAGUAGGACAAUUAUUCAUGUUAUUACUACGGCCAUAUACUACACAGGUGAAGUAUACAUUGUUGUAAUACUUGUCAACUGUCUCAACAUAUGAAUAAUGCAAAUGACUGUUUAUAUAAGAUCUAAUUGAUCCUAAAAUUCAUAAGGGGAAUCGGAUUAUUAAUGUUUGUUAUUUUUUUAAUUAAAAUGUUGACACAUGUAUGCACAUCAUUUGGUUGUUCCUACUUGACACAUGCAUGUACAUCAUUUGGUUGUUCCUACUUGACACAUGCAUACACAUCAUUUGGUUGUUCCUACUUGACACGUGCAUAAACGUCAUUUGGUUGUUCCUACUUGACACAUGCAUGCACGUCAUUUGGUUGUUCCUACUUGACACAUGCAUGCACGUAAUUUGGUUGUUCCUACUUGACACAUGCAUGCACAUCAUUUGGUUGUUCUUACUUGACACAUGCAUGCACAUCAUUUGGUUGUUCCUACUUGACACAUGCAUGCACAUGAUUUGGUUGUUCCUACUUGACACACGCAUGCACAUCAUUUGGUUGUUCCUACUUGACACAUGCAUGCACAUCAUUUGGUUGUUCCUAAUUGACACAUGCAUGCACAUCAUUUGGUUGUUCCUACUUGACACAUGCAUGCACAUCAUUUGGUUGUUCCUACCUGUCGUACUCUUGUUUACGUUUUUGCUAAAUCCACUUAAUGAUCCAUUCUUGUUGACUUGCUUUGAAGGUUUCUUGAUUUUUGUCAAACAAAGUUGUGUGCAUAAUUUGUUGAUUGUGUGUGUAAUGUUUUUCAUGUUUCAGUUUUCGCCAUGUUUUCCCUUUAUGUAUGCCGUGCUUAUUGAUACUAGCUCUCUAUUUAUUUCUUUGAGUAUAUGCACAACUAUACUCUACUACUUUUGUAUAUGCACAACUAUACUCUACUACUAUUGUGAGAACAUACUAGCAAUUUACAGAUACUUUUUGACUGCAAAAUGCUGCAUUAAACGUGAACCAUGUCUAUCGAUUGUUAUGACAAUAAUCUAGUUACGUUUUUGCUUUUUAAUAUGUCAAUUGCAUAUGUGUAAAAAUGCUAUGCAACUUGCCCAUUAUUAUAAUCUUCGUUUUGGUGUGGUUUUAUUCACUAAUCGUUGGUAAAUAAUAAAAGGACUUCUUCACAA